AGACUUUGGAGAGGUCCAAUUUUAGGUGAAGAGUGCACUUAAAACUGAUUCAUUAACAAUGAGUCAUCUCAUAAAAAGCAAAAAGUGAAAAAUUAAAAAACAAAUUGCUAAAAAUUUUUAAAAAAAAUCACUUAAAACUGCUCCUGUAGUCUUUCAAACAAACGCAGUUAAACUGGGUAACGACAUGUCUUCAAGUGCAAUGGAAAAGCAUCUCUUCAAUCUCAAAUUUGCUGUUAAAGAUUUAGAACGAUCAGCAAAGAAAGCCGAGAAGGAAGAGAAGCUUGAAAUUGCAAAAACAAAAAAAGCCAUUCAGAAAGGAAAUACGGAGGUAGCUCGAAUUCAUGCAGAAAAUGCUAUUAGACAGAAGAGCCAGUCCUUAAAUUAUCUACGAAUGAGUGCAAGAGUUGAUGCAGUCGCAAGUCGUGUUCAAACUGCCCUGACAACCCGUAAAGUUACAAACUCAAUGGCUGGUGUUGUAAAAGCAAUGGAUGCAGCUAUGAAAGGGAUGAACCUAGAAAAAAUUUCUGGAUUAAUGGAUAAAUUCGAGUCACAAUUUGAAGAUUUGGAUGUUCAAAGUAAUGUUAUGGAGAACACGAUGUCAUCGACAGUAACUACAUCAGUUCCUCAGAACGAUGUUGAUUCUCUAAUGCAGCGAGUUGCUGACGAAGCUGGAUUGGAAUUAAAUAUGGAGCUUCCAGCUGGUCCUUCAUCGACAAUUGGACAAAGUACUCAAGUGUCUCAAGAGCAGGAUGAGUUAACCCAACGUCUUGCACGAUUACGACAAACAGAAUAAAGUUCUUUCAUUAUAUAAAUGAACAGCUUAUUUUAUUAAUUGAUUAAUCCCAUUGCAAAUUAUUUGACAUGCCUUUAAAUGAAUAAAAAAGAAAAUUAAGCAUAUUACAAAAUUACAGCUUUCAUUUGUAUAAUGCUACUAUAUUUUAACUAUAUUGAAGUUAAAAACAUAAAUCAAUUUUGAGUAUAAUAAUUAUGAGAACAAAAACAAAAUCAAGUCUUUAAUAAAUGAAUUAAAAUCUUUUGAUAAGAAACUUCUAAAAAUCUCAUCAGAACAGAAAAAAGCAAACCUGUAAUGGAAAUUUGUAACC